CCGGAGAGGGUCGCGCCGCGCCGGGCCCGGCUCCGCGCCCCCCGCCCGCGCCCCGAGGGUCCGCGCCCCGGGCGAUGGCUGCGGGCGCCUCGGGGCCGGCCUGCGGCUAGCGCGGCGCCACCAUGAGUUUGCGGCGCGAGGACGGCGUGAGCAGCCUGUGCCAGAAGGCGCUGCACAUCGUCACCGAGCUCUGCUUCGCCGGCCAGGUGGAGUGGGAGCGCUGCGCCGGCAUCUUCCCGCCCGAGCGCGCCGGCCCGGGCGGCACAGAUGUCUCCAUCAGCCUGCUGGCCGUGGUGGUCAGCUUCUGCGGGCUGGCCCUGCUCCUGGUCUCCCUGUUCGUCUUCUGGAAGCUGUGCUGGCCGUGCUGGAGGAACAAGCCCCUGGCGGCCCCCGCGGGGGCCGUCCCGCCAAGCACGCCCACCGAGGUGCUGGACAGGGAGGAGGAGAAGAAGGAGACCCCCGAGGACGGGGCCGCGGAGCCGAGGGCGCCCGAGCCGGCCAUCAAGAUCAGCCACACGUCCCCCGACAUCCCGGCUGAGGUGCAGACGGCGCUCAAGGAGCAUCUGAUCAGACACGCGCGUGUGCAGAGGCAGACCACGGAGCCCACAUCCUCGUCCCGCCACAACUCCUUCAGGAGGCACCUGCCCCGGCAGAAGCAGGUGAGCAGCAUGGACUUCGGCCCGGGCGCGGAGCCAGUGCUGCAGCCGGGGGAGACCAGCACGAGCAUCGGCAGGAUCAAGUCCGAGGGGGAGACCUCCACGAGCAUCGGCAGGAUCAAGCCCGAGCUGUACAAGCAGAAGUCGGUGGACUCGGAGGGCGCGGGGCCGGGGGGCGCGGAGCCGUGCGGGAAGCUGCACUUCGCACUGCAGUACGACUACGAGAACCAGCUGCUGCUCGUGCGCAUGAUCCAGGCGCUGGACCUGCCCGCCAAGGACUUCACGGGCACGUCCGACCCCUACGUGAAGAUGUACCUGCUACCCGACAGGAAGAGGAAGUUCCAGACGCGCGUGCACAGGAAGACGCUGAACCCCCAGUUCGACGAGACCUUCCGGUUCCCCGUGGCCUACGAGCAGCUGAGCCAGCGGAAGCUGCACUUCAGCGUCUACGACUUCGACCGGUUCUCGAGGCACGACAUGAUCGGGGAGGUGGUGCUCGAGAACCUGUUCGAGGUCUCGGACCUGUCGCGGGAGGCCUCCGUGUGGAAGGACAUCCACGGGGCGACCACGGAGAGCGUGGACCUGGGGGAGAUCAUGUUCUCCCUGUGCUACCUGCCCACGGCGGGCCGCAUGACGCUGACCGUCAUCAAGUGCCGGAACCUGAAGGCCAUGGACAUCACGGGCGCCUCAGACCCCUACGUGAAGGUGUCGCUGAUGUGCGAGGGCCGGCGGCUGAAGAAGAGGAAGACCACCACCAAGCGCAACACGCUGAACCCCGUGUACAACGAGGCCAUCGUCUUCGAUAUCCCCCCGGAGAGCGUGGACCAGGUCAGCCUGGCCAUUGCCGUGAUGGACUACGACAGGGUCGGCCACAACGAGGUCAUCGGCGUGUGCAGGACAGGGCUGGAUGCCGAGGGCCUCGGGCGGGACCACUGGAACGAGAUGCUGGCCUACCACCGCAAGCCCAUCACACACUGGCACCAUCUGCAGGAGGGGCAGCGGCCAGACAACCAGCGAGACUUUCGGUCCCUUGGGAGCCGGCUCCCAGGCCGCGCCUCCAGCUUUGACAGCCAGGGCUCCUGCCCUUCGCCCAGGCCCCUGUCCACGCCCUGACGCCCGCCUGCGGCUGGAGACGUGAGGGUCCAUCUGGUCGUGGAAACGUCCCAGACCGAAGCCCCCGCCUCGUCCACCACCUGCUCCCGCCGCUCCCCACGCCGUGCCGGAACCAGAGCACCUGGCCCGCACCCCCCAGAGGCGCCCCUUUCGCCGGACCCGUCCCCUCCUAGGACUGUCUGCGUGCGCAGGCCACACCCCUCCAGCGAGAAGCCCGCCCAGACGGGGGCAGCGGUGGCACAGGUCACGGUCACCCUCACACGGCCCGACCCGUGCGGCCCGGCAGGACCCAGACCUGCCCUGGGCACCGUGGCCCCCGCCCCAGCCCCGCCCCCACCUGGUCACUCAGCAGCAGCCAGACAGCAGAGCAGCGGUGGGGACCCCUUCGGAGCGGGGGCGGCCCCAGGCGGUUUCUCCCUCCCCACCCCUCGGCUCUCCCCGCUGUCCCCUGCAGGCCCUGCGUGUCCCCAGAAGGUUCCCUCGGGCGCCAGGGUGGGGCCUCCCUCCUCCCGGGCCGGCCGGGGCUGACUCAGUGACGCGCAGGCCGUGACGGGGACCCCAAACGCAGCCCACCCGUGUUCCCCCGUACCCGGCUGUUCCGGGAGGCCCCCGGCCCCCCGGCUGCUGGGCCCGCCCCCUCGUUUCCCAGAGAGGACGACCAGCUUCCCGCCCCGCCGCAGAAACAGGCCGUGGAGAGUCUGUCCUCAGCCGUCAGCAGGAGCCGACUCCGGAAGCAGCGGCCCAGCCGGCACCCGCGCGCCCGGAGGGGGCAGGGACUGUCGGGAGACGGACGUCCUGGAAGCGCAGCUCCCUUCAGGACAGACAGUGCUCACCCCCGGCGGCCUCCGGGACGGGCCUGAGACCAGCCGGGUCAGCGCCAGUCGGAAGCCCGGAGAGGAGACUCCGAUCCAAGCAGUGGAAGGCAGGAGGUUCCCCGGCCCGGAGUGCAGGACCGUCGGGAACAGGGUUUCCUCGGCAGCGACUCGGCUCCCGUCCCGGACUAGAGCAAGGGGCCGGCUGUCCCCGCCCCUCCCCUGACCCUGCGCUGGCGUGGGCGCCCCUCCCCAUGGCUGAGUGCUGGCGUGGGCGUGCUCCCUCACUGAGGACGUUGGGCUCCCCCUAGACCCGCGCGUGGUCCUGGCAGAGCCAGUGUCUGUAGUGGGCUGUGGACUCGCCAGCUGGGCUGGUGUUACAGGAAGUGGCUCCGAUGUGCAGCCGCCCACGCCCCCUCACCUGCCCACGCCCCCACACACCUGCCCGUGCCUUCCCCACACCUGCCCACGACCCCCCACACCUGCCCGCGCCCCCCCACACCUGCUUGUCCCACCUGCCCGUCCCCCCACUCCUGCCCUUGCCCCCCACACCUGCCCGCUGUCCUGGGGCUGCUGGCGGCUGCUGUGGCCGUGGUCCCCAGGGGUCCCUGGCCGGUGCGUGGACAACUGGGAGGGGGCUGCUCCACUCACUUGGUCUUUGCCCUGACUCCCCCGUGUGGCCCGGGGCGGGGACUCUGACGCCCACCCAAACAGUCCUUCCCUGAUUCCGGGAGGGUUUUCCUGGUCAGGCGGCCGUGACGCGGGGCCGGUGUUUCACGGCACCACCGAGGUGUUUGGCACGCCGGGCAUCGGCCUUCAGGGGCAGCCACAGGCCUGUGCAGGGACCCGAGACCCCCGAGCCGAGCUGACGCGGGUCCCAGGCAUGCGGGAGCCGGGCCCAGCCAGGGGCAGUGCGGGACCUCCCCUUGGGCGUCCUUCAGUGCCUCGGCUAGUGAGACCCGGGAGAGCAGUCACUGCCCGCCCCCAUGCUCGAGCCGGCUCAGCGCGAGUCCCCCCAAGGCCAGCAGCUUCCUGGGCACCCGCUCUCCCGGCUGCCCGGGAGCCCCCGCCCCAGCCCACGUGUCAGACCACCGAGGCCCACUCGAGAGCCAGCCGCACCCUCUGGGCUUCGAGCUGGGGAGGAGCCAGUCUGCGUGGCUCGUUCCAAGGCAGCUCGGGCUGUCGGGGAGGGCGGGCCGGUCCGUGUUUCACAGCUCAGCCAAGGCCCCGCUGCCUGUGGAGACAGGCAGGAAGUGGCGGGGAUGCCACAGCCAACUCUGCGACCCCGUGCCAGCGGCCAGCUCCCCUCCGCCCCGGCGGGAGUCUAUCCCCCCCACCCCCCACCCCCGCACAUAGCAAUCACUCAGUGAUGUGGCUCAGGGCCGAUUCACCUGAACCUGGCAAGACCCACCGAGGUUGACGUGGGAACGGCCGGUCCAGCGCAAGGCUGUUCCCAGCGUCGUGGCCGGCACGGCUGCUGCAGGCGAGAGUGUCGUGUUCCGUGAGAUUUCUCCUUGGUUUGUCCCGUCUCAUCCUCAUAGCAUGGAACAGUGACGUGAGCGCACAGAGGUGCCCGGCCGUGGUCAGUCUGCGGUGACUUGGCCGAGAGGACGCGAAUGCGGACACCGGCCACUCAUCCGGGUCCAGGAGUCUCCUCAGGCGAGCAGAAAGGCCUUUCUCUCUCCCGUCCCGUCCCUCCGGGCACAAGCGACCCCACAGCAAGUCAUGUGACAGACCCAGACCCGAAAGUGAGAAACAGGACCCGAGCAGGGACUGGGGUCUCCCCAAGCACAGAGCAAGCAACGUUCGUGUUUAGCAGGACGCACGGACGUCCUGUGGGAGUGACACUCUCUGUCCCCUCAGCCCACCAGGGGGUGGCCCCCAGGCUCCCAUGAGACUCAGGGUGCCACUGUUUGUGCCAGAAAUGCUGGUGGUGUUUAUCUGCAAAUUUUUCCUCCCGAACGAGCUGCCGCCCUGCUCGGCCUCGAGUGGUGAGAGCCACGGCAGGGAGCAGCCCAGCGGCAGGACCCAGCAGCAAGGCCCUUCUGGGAUGGUGGCCGCCACCCCGCCACCACACAUGAGGAGAGCUGGGCAGUUCAGCGCCACACAAGAGCACGUGGCACAUGGAGCAUCGGUGGGGCAUAGUCUUCGUUGGAAGUCCCGUACGCUGGGUUCCUUUUCCCUUCUCUCAAUUAGUACUAUAGAAUACAGGAAAUGGGCUGUGAUUUUGCUAGAGAACAACAGACCAGCGGAAAAAAUUCCUAAGAUUGUGUAAAAUUCGGCCACAGAAUCACCCUCUGUACAAGCUGCAUGUUCGACCUCCACCUAACUCUCAGUGUGGCUUUAUUCUACUCCGUCUCGCAGAAGCCCCCGGUGACCCGGCACGCGGCAGACGCCAGUGUAGAUAACUCUGUAGACGCUGUACAAAGACGCAGGUAGACAGGCUCAACAUGUAAAAUACUCGCAUUCGUAGUUUUCAAACAAAACGGCCAACCCGAGUCAGCAUUCGCAUUAACGUUAUAUCAGCCCCCCCCCAGCCGAGAGAAGUGAUUAGAUUCUCCCACCAGACACGGGAGAAUCGCGGGCACGAUGGCACAGGCCCCAGAGAAAGGCCGUCCUGUGCUCCUGGUCGCCCAAAGCACGCGGCCUCGUGGGAAAACUCGCAGGCGGGUGCCGUCUUCGCGUCCUGCGUGACAUUGGGUGACUCAGUCCUCAGUACCUGGCUUCUUUGUGUCUUUCAGUCAUUGUCCACAGGUGACCUUUAAGCUGAACUUUGUGUUGUAUUCUUACCUCGCCAUGGUUCAAAUCAGUAUCUCUGACUUCGUAUUGUAGAACAGGAAUUUCAGGUUACUUUGAGGUUUGUGUUUCCGGCUUCUGAACACGGAGGCCAGCCACUCGUGACUUCCGCAGCACAUACUUGUAUUCCUUAGAACACAUGUUCUGCAGUCGCCUUUCACGGAGGUCUUAUAUCCCAGUAUUUUUGCGUCCCCUUUAGAAUGCGUGAGCGUCCGCGUCAGGUUCAGAGGAAUCAUGUGACAACAAAACCUCAGUCGUUACGAAGUGUGCAGUUUCCGACUACUUUUGUAAGAGAAAAUGGAAAAGCACUUGAAAUCUAAUUUUACUGUUUCGUAUGUAUUUUGAACAAUAAAGUGAUUAUAACUUACGUCUGA